AUGGCUAUUGAAGAUCCCCCGCAAACCGUCACUCUGGAUCAUAAAAUGGAAGCACCCUCAAUGCAGAAGGAGAUCUACAUCAGCCUUGCGCUGGUAACGAAUUAA